UUUACAAGGAAAUACUGAGCCAUUAAUCCGUAACGUCAUGACCCUUAAGUCAUGUUCUCCUAUAGUUGGUGUCGAUGCGAUGUCCUUUGAUACAGAAAGAGAAGUCUUGCUAGCUUGGAGGGUGGUACUGAAAGAAAAUCUAGUUCUAACAUUAUUUAGGGAUGAGUAUAUACUUCUGCAUGAGGAAUAUCAGCUCUAUGUUCUACCCAGAAUUUUGGAAUCAAAGAGGACGGCAAAAUCUGGACGCACCAAGCAAAAAGAAGCAAAUUUGGAAUAUAGUGUUGCAAAGCAGGUUGAAAAAAUGAUUAGGUAUGACCCUUUUAUUCUUCUUCUUUAAGCAGUUAUUUAAUUUUCUUGCUCUGUUAGGCUCUGAUCUGAUAUGUGUGCUGAUUAUUGCUAUUCAUAUAUGGACUAAACAAGUCUCUCAACUCAGUAUGCUUGGGCUUUUGUUGGCUUAUCAGUCACAGAAGUGAUCACUGCAAGCAUAACAGUUGUUAUAGGUCCUUUCUUUCAUUCUCUCUCUCUCUCUCUGACCAUUUCUAAAUGUUGAUGUUUGUCUGUGUUGCUCUUAUAGAUAUUGAAUUUUUUGCUUCUGUUGCGAUCUUUAAUGGUGAUAGGAACAACCUUGAAUUGCUUUUUAGACAGUAGAAUUAAUAGAGCCGAGAUCCUUUUCCCUGGUGUGGCUGCUUCUUGGUUGCAAUUUGCCUUGCUUCUACUAUCCACUCAUCUAUUGCAGCUGAUAAUAAAGAAAAGCUUGAAGGUUUUUAAUCUAAAGAGGGGUAUGUUUCAUUCAUUAAAUGUUAAGGUUAUCAAAGAAUUAUCUUGUUUCCAGGUGACAUUCUUCUUUCUUUUUAUUAGAAAGAGUUAUUUUCACUUUAUUUUAGUUUUAUUGUAGAAAUUGGGCUAAACCUUAUAUUAAAGAUGCUAAAGAAGUUUCCAGGUGCAUUUUUAUUUUAUUGUUUUUCUUUAUGAUUUUGUUGUAUAAGAAGUCAAAGUGUGAUUCUGUUUUUAUUCUUUAAUUUUUUUGGGGAUAUAUUGACAGAAUUUAGAGUUCUGGAAUCAAUUCUUCCUCACAUACAUUUUGAUCAUUGAGAAUGAUAUAUUUGUUAUCUUGAUACAUUUCACAAGCCUUGUUUUAAGUUACAUGUUUUGUUGCUUCAGUCGUUGUUUUGCAUGGUAGUACAUCUUCCUAUACCCUACUGUUUCGUCAAGUUUUGGAGUUAUUACAAAUUUAAUUUAAACUGUAUAUGCUUACAGGUGGAAACUAGCUUAAGUCUUGAGUUCUUAAUAAUAAAAUGACUUUUUUUUUACAAUGUUCAAGUAUAUUGAGAUGAUAUCUUUAGAGCAAUUCUUGACAAAAUUUGUA